AGUUCAACCAACCUGAAGACUGUGAAAGUUGAAAAUCUGAGGACUGAAAGGAAAAUAAAAGCAACAAAAGACAACAAAUCUGAACACAAGUCAUCAUGUCUUGGAGGCCAGAAAUGAAGCCAAAACCUGGAGAUCUGAUUGAGAUUGAACGGUCUUGUUAUCAACAUUGGGCUAUCUACAUAGGCGAUGGAUAUGUGGUCCACUUGGCUCCAGAAAGUGAGGUCGCAGGAGCUGGCUUUGGUAGUCUUCUUUCUAUUACAACUGACCGUGCAGUGGUGAGGAAGGAUCCUCUUUUGAAAGUGGUGGGGAAUGACAAGUACAAAAUCAAUAACAAAUACGAUGGCAGAUACCUACCACUCCCUGUGUAUGAGAUCAUCUCCAGGGCAAAGGCAGAGGUGGGAAGAGUGAUGCCUUACAAUGUGCUCAGUGAGAACUGCGAGCAUUUCGUCACUAAUCUGCGUUAUGGCAACCCUGUCAGUGACCAGGUCAGGGAUGGUGUAAUGAAGACCAUAGGUGCUUCCCUAGCCGUUAUCGGCAUUGUCGCCGUGGCAAGUAUGAUAAACAAAUCAUUUGUUCGAAAACAUCAAAAUGAGUGA